CAUGCGCACUUUGUCCAUAGAAACUACAUUAACUAUUUUGUGUGUCUGUGAAGGAAUAUAUUCAUAAAGAAAUCCAUGAUGUUUCUGCCCGUUAUGUGAUGAAAUUGUGAAAUGUCUUUCCGAGUGAUUUGGAAUAUCAAUGAAGGGUUUCCUCGUCUUCCACUGACAGAUAUUAGACAGUAAGAUAAAUCUGAGACACCAUAAUGAGCAGCCCAGACCACCAUCAUAACGGUGAUGAGUCGUAUGAACCAGCCAUCGCCCCUCUGGCCCCCAAGGUCAUCCUCCAGGAGGAAGGCCAGGUUGAAGUAUCAGCAAGUCCAGCCUUCCAAUGUCUAGAUGAGCUUUUCCAAGAGGGAAGAUUGACUGGUACAAGGGUAGCUCAGCUGAAAGCCAAAUAUACUGAAUUACAUAAGACACUUGGCAGAACACGGGAAUCAGAACUAGGUCUUCUGCAAGCGGCAAAAGAAGCAACACAGGUCCUUGAGAAGCAAACAGUAGAGCUCGAGAAAGCCGAUAAUUUUCCAGACAGCUCCAACACAGAGAAUAGUAAGCUGAGGGCCAAAUUGCUCAAGCACAAUAAUGAGAUUGACCAAGCAGAGGAGAGGAACUACCAGUAUGAAUUCAAAAUCGAAAGCCUCCAGGAAGAAAAGAGAAUGUUGGAACGGGAGUAUGACCGGCUUCCUAAGAAAGAAGAGAUAGAGAAGAGAACGAAGGAGCUGAACAAGAACGUGGACGAACUUCGACAAGAGAUUGGACAGCGCAAGCUUGAGGCCAAGAACCUCAAGGAGGAACUUGCAAUGCGCAACAGACAGAUUGAUCUGGAGUUGAAGGAGCUCGAGGGUGAGGUUGAAACGCAGGAGAAACUGAAAGAAGAUUUGGUGGCAGUACACUCUCUCCCAGGACAACUCAUUAAGGAGAUGGACAAGAUGAACAAAGCUAAAAAUGAGGUGGAGCGACAGCGGACGGAGAAGGACGAGAACUACGCGGACCUAGCGGCCCAUCUUCAGGACCUCCUAGCCUCCCUUCAAGGCAGGACGGAUGAUAAGUUCCAGUUAGAGAGGGACAAGGCCAGGGCCCAGAAUGCUCUGGAUGAGCAGCAACGCAAGUUUGAUGCUUGUAUGAAGGAUUACGAGUAUCAGAAAGAGAAGGAGGCUGUUUACCUUGGUGACAAGGCUACAUUGGACCUGAGCUUGAGGCAUGUACAGAUGGAGAAGAAGAACCAGCAUGAAAUCUAUGCUAGAAAGCUUCGUGAGAAGGAAAGAGAUCUCCGAAACCUCAAGAAGACGGAACUGCAGCUCAAAGUAGCCAACGAGGGUCUUGCGCACACACAGACGAUUUUUGACAAGGUCAAAGGUCAAGCCGACAGUGGUCCCAAGAAUGAUGGCACUCUGCUUGAAAAGAGGAAAGAACUACAAACUGAAGUAGAAAAGACAAAGAGGUUGCUAGCAGAUCAGAACUCCUUCACAGCCGUUGAACAGGUCAAAGUUGAACAGAGCAUUGCCGAGGAGGAGAGACUGCUUUAUGAACAGAGUGACCUGAGGAUAGAGGUGGUAGAACUGACUCGACUCGCUGCCAUCAAGGGUGACGAGAGGGAACAGAAGGCCAGAGAUUACAUGAGAGCCGAAAUGAGGUACCAUCGAGCGCUGGACGACCUCAAGGCUAAGGAUCUCUCCAUCAUCGACAACAAGAAGAAAUACCAGGAGAUGAUGAUCAGGCUUCGGGAGUUUGCCAAGUUGUAUGAUGUGAUCAAGAACGAGCGUAACAAGUGUGUCAAUCUGAUCCAGGCCAGCACCCAGAAGGCAGCGGAGAUGAGAGAGAAGAUUAAAAUCCUUCAGAAUGAGAUUGAGAUCCUCCGAACCUCAUGCCACAAGAAAGAAAGACAACUGCAGAAGAAGCGGCUGAAGCACGUGAAUGCCGUCGUCCUCCGGGACCAGCUGCGGAACGAACUGGCCAAACAGCAGAGGAUAGAGGAAGAGAUGAGAGAGAAGCGAGAACAGCAGCGCCUGGACAUCGCCAAGCUGAAUCUGAUGAUCAACCAAGCUGAGGAACAAAUGGUACAGCUGAGGAAGAGGUUCGAGACAGCUGUGCAGCAUCGCAAUGACAGGGGUGUCCAGCUGAUAGAGCGUAAUGAGGAGGUGUGUCUCUUCUAUGAGAAGGUCAAUAUCCAGGAGGAUAUGAUCAGGAGAGGCGAUGUUGAUCUCCAUACCAGGGAGGAGGAAAUCAGAUUCUUGAAGAUGCAGGUUGCUGAGGAAAAGAGAGCCAUCAACCUUCUAAGACAGAACCUCCCCAACAAGAGAGCACUCGAUCAAGAACUUACAACUCUACAGAUCCAGCUUGCGCAAUGCCAGGAUAGGAUGAACGAGCUGGAACAUCAAUUGGAGAACCCUCAUGACGAGAAGAGAGUUCGCUUCCUGGAUGGAAAGGAUCUCAGUCCGCAAGACCUCAACAAGAAGAUCGAAGAUCUGGAGAUUCGCCUUGCAGAGAAGGAAGAGCAGCUGUUGGAGAAAGACCUCAUCUUUGAUCAGGUCACCAGGCUAGCUGACCGUGUCAACAAUCGGGUCAACGCUGGUAAAGAUGACACUUUAGAACUGGCCAAGAAGGUCAACGACCUCCAAGCCCGCAUCAAAGACAUCACACGUAAGAUGAUGGCCUCUGUUUCAGAGCUCUCCAUGACCCAGGCGGAGGCUCUAAAGCUCCAGCAGGAGUCGCGCGACGGGGAGGCCCGGCUCCAGCAAGCUUACCUCCGCAUGGAGCAAGGGGAGGCCCCUACCCCAGAGGCAGCCAGGGAGUGGGAAAGGAUGAUGAGGGAUGAGACUAGGAGAGCUAUGGACAUGGAGACACGCAAACAGAUGGCGGAAGAGGAGGAGCAGUACAUCUUGCCUGGAGGGAACAACACCACGGCAGAGCCCCGCCCCAACGCCUACAUCCCAGACGAUGACAACGAUCUGCCAGUGCCACGCCCGUACGGAGUCCACGCCCCGUUCAAGCCCCAGGAGAGCGGGGCCAACAUGAGGCACAUCCGGAAACCCAUCAUCAAACCAAUAGAGAUUUAGGACCGUUGCAGUUUGAGCUAAGAAAGGUUCAAAGGUUGUUUCAUGAGUUUGGAUCAUACAGUAUGCACAUACAGCAAGGGAGGUGCAGUUUCAAGAAGUGGCCUGUUGAUGCACCCCCAUAUUGCCUGGGCCCUGCUUGGCUACUAAUUUUGGUAAUGAUCACAGCAUUAGAGGGAGAGAGAGAACAUGGUCAUCUGAUACAUCUCCAGAUACUGUCAAAAAUGAAAUUUUGUUAAGGGUUAUGGUGUCUUAUAAAAAAUAACAAAAUUACAUCAAUGUAAAUAUGGACAAGUUUAGUACGAUUCAUAAACAACUUGAGAUUGUCCUUACUUCUUUCACCUUGAAUCUUUUUAUGAUUGAUAUAUUGAACAGACUGUACUGCCAUCUGCAUAUCUUCAAGUUAUCAUGUCAAUACAUGUCAGAAGAAAUGUUACAUGUUGUGAUAUUCUUGCAUAGCAUUAAGAAAAAUUUAGUGCUUGUUCACUAUGAAACACUUGUUUGUGUGAAAGAAAAUUCUAAUGUCUUUGAAUUUAAGGCAUUUGUCUCUUCAAUAGUUCAAUUUAAUUUUUUUUUUAAUUUAAAAUAUGUAUCCAUUCCAACAUGUGAACCACCUAGUAUUAUCUAGUUGGAGAUAUCAAUUGUUUUAUAGAAACUAUGUGAAGAUGGUUGAAUUUGUAGUGUGUGAUUUAACAAUAACCGUCCAACAUAUUUGACAAGAUACAAAAAUUCGAAAAUCUUUGUAUUCUGUGAAGUGUCGUGCUUAUUAUAAAAUCAGUUAUUUUCAAAUGGUUUUUGAAUAAUUUUUGUCUUGCACAUUACCUCGCUAUGUAUGUAUAAUAAGUUUAAUUUUGAUACAACAUCAAUACUCUCUUUUGUAUGAAUAUUUCUAUCCGUCCAUCUUUUAAUUGUUCACCUCGCCACCAAAGUAAGUAAUUGACUCACUUUCACCAAAGUAUGUCAUGUAAAUUUGCAUGAUACCCACCGAAGUGAUCCGUUUUGUUUUUUGAUCAUUUGAAUUGGUACUAAAAACAAAUCAAGGUUGCUUUGAAUAUUUGUCAUGAGUUGUAUUUUUAUAUUUGUAUUGCACUUGUUAUCACUCCUUCCAUAAGAAAAUAACCAAAGCUUUUUUUUAGGAGAGACUUAACAUGCUACAGAGUUUAAUCGGGUGCUUGAUAAAGCCGUCAAUAAUGAAGUAUUGUUUGUUAUAGAUAUGAACUAUGGAAUGCCAAGUCAAAUUUUCAUGUUUUCAGUCUUUCAGACAUUAUAGAAACAGUGAUGGAAUAAAAAGUGUAGUUUUUUACUCUCAAUUUUUUUUCUAAAGAAUGUUUUGUUUUGGUCAUAAUUUUGGAUAAAUAAUCAGAAAUGAAAUACCCACAAAAAUAUUAAACAUUUCAUUUGGCCUUCCAUAUUCUUAUGAAAUAUCACUAUGGUUACUUAAUAUGAUGAAUAUGUUUAAUUGUAAAGAAAUUUUAUGUUAAAUGUUCUUCUAAUUACUCUAAUGUUAUAUGAUAAUACUGAUUUGUUUACAACUGAACAUCCAGUUCUUAAAGUAAUAUUAUUUUGCACAUAAAUGUAUCUAGAAUUCAGAUGCAUUGUAGAUAAGUUAAAAUCAUAGUACUGUAAAAUAAUGUGUGUAUAUAAAUGUAUAUACAUGUACAUAGAACUGUUAAUGAAUUGACAAAUGGUUGUGACUGAUUGAUAAUAUUCAGCAAUUAUACAAUGAAUAUUUAAAUAGCAUUGAUGCUCUAGAAUAAAAGGAUAGUCACAGGGGUGGUAGCUCUUAAAAGCUAAUGGCUUUUGAGAUUCUGGCCCCUUAACACAUGCACAAUCAAUUGUACAAUUGGUUGUAACUAUUAUUUCUAUGGCAUUCCCUGUACAAAAAUUUGUAAUCGAUUAUAUAAUCGAUUGUACAGAUUGAUUGCAUAAUCAAACGUAAAUGUUACAUCUGGAUGGUAAAACGUGUACAAAAAAGUUACGAUUGAUUUUACAGAUGGUUUGUACCUAUUAAUGUGACAGAGACCUGGCGCCCGUCUCAUAAAGAGUUAGAUCAGUUGUAACAUUGUCAUUAAUGACAACUACCAUGGUAACAGGGCUCAGCAGCCAUUCACAAUCAAGGCUUCUAUGAUAGUUAACAGCGAAGUUACCAUAGUUGUGGAUCUUUCUGAAAUGGGGGCCCCUUGUAUCAAUAUGCAUCAUGUUGAUCUGUGGCAUCCUUUACAUUGUACUUUUAAUAAAGGAAUAUUAAACAGCAAAUAAUUGAGAACAAAUGAAACUGAACAAGACAUAUAUAUAAGCACUUGUUUACACAUUCACAAGCACAAUGAUUUUAAGAACAUCCCUGGGGAGUGGACAAAUGGCAUCAGUGGUUUGACUUGGAAAAGGUAAAGGGAAUCCAACCUUGGUUUACAAAAAAAUUAAACGAAAGACAGAAAAAGAGUUUGAAACAAAUUAGAAAAUGUAUAAGAAAUUUAUGUGGUUGUUUGAAAAAUGAGAUCACUACGACUAUUCAAACUGAAAUUUGAAAUCCCAACAGUUUAUUUGUGUUGGAUUUGCUUGUAAUGAACUGAUACAUAUAUGUCAUGUGACCUCUUGACUCCUGAGGGUUGGAUCAAGCAAUAACAAAUUUUUGCCCAUGUGAUAAGGUAUGUAAGUUUAGUGUAAGUACAUAAACCUUAGUAUUUGCAAUUAAUUUUCCAAAAAUAGUUAUUAAAACUUUGAAAUUUGAAACUGGUACUCAGAUAAAAACAAAAUGAACAGUUUAUUUGUUGCUGAUAUAUUUUUUUUUCUGUCUGUUACUUUAAAAGGAUAUGUAUUAUACAGCACUGAUUACAUGAUAUCCUACUACACAGGGUAGUUCACCACCCAAAAGAACAAAUCCUCAAUAUCUUGUUCACCAUCUCUCAAACAUUACUUUCUCAUUGCAUUCACCAGUCACUAUCCCUACACGUUUCAUAAAUGCAACACAAAUAUACUCAUCACUUGGUAAUACACACAAGUCAUGCAGUAGAAUGUGCAUAUUUCAGGUUUUAAUACAUCAAUAUAGCGAAUACAUUUGGCAUUAUAUUGGCAAUUGCAUAGCAGACUAUGCUUUGAAUGACCAAAGAGAACCACCCUUUUACAUAGUAUAUAUAUGAUGGAAGCUUCCAGACAUUAUCGCUCCUCAUGACAUCCAACUUCACAUAAUUUGUAGAUGGAACGCAUAUUUUCCUAGAGAUUCAAAUGAAUGAUUACUGUAAACGAGGGAAUUUGUUAUGCCAAAUACCCUUUAUUGGGGAAUGAAUUAGACUUGUUGGGGUCUAGUUUGCAUACAUUACUUCUG